ACGGCGGACGGGCGAUUAGUAUAUUCCAACAGACAUGCGCAGAAUAGAAAACUCGUGUUGCCGAAAAAUCAAAAAUACUCAUUAAAUGUUUACUUUUAUAUUUGAUUUCUUUUCAACAAAAUGGUGAAACUCACAGCAGAACUUAUUGAACAGUCCGCCCAAUACACAAAUCCUUUACGUGAUCGAGAGUUAGACCUUAGGGGGUACAAAAUUCCUGUAAUUGAAAAUUUGGGAGCUACUUUGGACCAGUUUGACACAAUAGACUUUUCUGACAAUGACAUCAGGAAGAUUGAUGGCUUCCCAUACUUACCAAGGUUGAAGACACUGAUAUUAAAUAAUAACAGAGUUGU